CUCCGUUGCCGUCGGAGCGGGACGGGCGGGCGGGCGGCGCCGUUUCCAGUUGGCAGCCUCGGUACCUGCGGCGGAGCUGGAAUGCUUGCUGCUUUCCCUACAGGAUUAUAAGCUUUGAUAUUCAGAAGAGCAAAACUGAAAGAUGCCAUCUGAGAGGUGCCUGAGUGUUCAGGAAAUGCUGACAGGUCAGAGGCUUUGUCAGUCCAGCUCCCAUAAUGAUGCUGUCCUGGCAGCCCUGAACCAACAAAGAAGUGAUGGCAUACUUUGUGAUAUCACCCUUAUUGCUGAAGAGCAGAAAUUCCAUGCACAUAAAGCAGUCCUGGCAGCCUGCAGUGACUACUUCCGAGCCAUGUUCAGUCUCUGUAUGGUUGAAAGUGAAGCUGAUGAGGUGAAUUUGCACGGUGUCACAAGCCUUGGUUUAAAACAAGCCCUGGACUUUGCAUAUACUGGACAGAUCUUACUGGAACCAGGGGUGAUACAGGAUGUCCUAGCAGCUGGAAGUCAUUUGCAGCUGCUGGAGCUUCUCAGUUUAUGUUCUCACUAUCUCAUUCAGGAAUUAAAUAGUUUUAAUUACUUGGACCUGUAUAAGCUUGCGGACCUCUUCAACCUCACUUUGUUGGAGACUGCAGUGGUUGACUUCUUAGUAAAACAUCUCUCUGAGCUAUUGAAGAGUCAUCCUGAAGAAGUUCUGGCACUCCCAUACUGUCUCCUUCGAGAGGUAUUUAAAAGUGAUAGACUCACUUCACUCAGUGAAGAACAAAUCUGGCAGCUGGCUGUGAGGUGGCUGGAACACAACUGCCGCUACCAGUACAUGGAUGAACUUCUCCAGUAUGUCCGCUUUGGCCUUAUGGAUGUGGAUACGCUGCACACCGUAGCUCUUUCUCACCCUCUUGUCCAAGCCAGUGAAACUGCCACCGCACUUAUUAACGAGGCCUUGGCUUACCACCAGAGUGUCUAUGCACAGCCAGUCUGGCAAACCAGGAGGACAAAACCUCGCUUCCAGUCAGACACUCUGUACAUUAUUGGUGGGAAAAAACGUGAAGUCUGUAAAGUGAAGGAACUGCGAUACUUCAAUCCGGUAGAUCAAGAGAACGUUCACAUCGCAGGGAUGGCAAACUGGAGCGAGCUGGCGCCCAUGCCCGUGGGGAGAAGCCACCACUGUGUUGCUGUCAUGGGAGACUUCCUUUUUGUAGCUGGAGGAGAGGCUGAGCAGUCCACGGGGCGCACUUGUGCAGUGAGAACUGCCUGUCGCUACGACCCCCGCACUAACUCCUGGGCUGAGAUAGCCCCGAUGAAGAACUGUCGGGAGCACUUUGUGCUGGGAGCAGUGGACGAGUUCCUCUAUGCAGUGGGGGGCAGGAAUGAGUUGCGUCAAGUCUUGCCUACAGUGGAACGUUACUGCCCUAAGAAGAACAAGUGGACCUUUGUACAGUCCUUUGAUCGAUCACUCUCAUGCCACGCAGGAUACGUGGUGGAUGGUCUUCUUUGGAUAUCAGGAGGAGUAACAAAUACUGCACAGUAUCAAAACAGGCUCAUGGUCUAUGACCCUAAGCAGAACAAGUGGUUAAGCCGUAGCCCGAUGCUGCAGAGGAGAGUGUAUCACUCCAUGGCUGCUGUCCAAAGGAAACUUUAUGUGUUAGGUGGGAAUGAUCUGGACUACAACAACGAUCGGAUCCUGGUUCGGCACAUAGACUCCUACAGCAUAGAUGCUGACCAGUGGACACGUUGCAGCUUCAACAUGUUGACAGGUCAAAAUGAGUCUGGAGUUGCCGUCCACAAUGGAAGAAUAUAUUUAGUUGGAGGCUAUUCAAUUUGGACAAAUGAGCCUUUGGCAUGUAUCCAGGUGCUGGAUGUUAGCAAGGAAGGGAAGGAAGAAGUGUUCUAUGGGCCUACACUCCCCUUUGCUUCCAAUGGAAUAGCUGCAUGCUUUCUUCCAGCUCCUUAUUUCACAUGUCCCAACCUUCAGACUCUCCAAGUGCCUCACCACAGGAUCGGCACAAUGUGAGACAAGGAACGUGCGCUUCAUAAAAUUGAAGUGGAAGGAGAAAAAAAAAUAAUCAAACCCUGUGUAUGGAAGGUUUUCUCUGGACUAGUGAAAAGAAUCAAUCCCCAUGAGCUGCUGCUUUACCUUCACACAUCUGUCUUAAAGUCGAAUCACAGUGGGCAGGAAGGAAGCUAUGAGAACUGUCUGCAGUUUAUCUCCUGUGGCUCAGAUGUAGAAGCAUAAACAUGAGAGCAUCUGGCAUUUCUGCUGGUGACUGCUUGCUACCUGUCUCUACUUCAUUUCCUUAUGCAACUUCAUAAGGCAUUGUGAAUGCUCUCAGCUCCUCCUGGGCUGCUCUUCUCUGGAGUCUGCACAUUCAGUUCUUCACUAAUGGCACUUUCAAAGCUGACAGAACUCUGUUUGUAUUGACAAAGGUGAUAUAAUACUGUGGUAAUUAUGCAACUUACUUGAUACCUUUGGCAAAAAAGAGUAACAAAUGUAUUGACUUCCAAUUCCAAACUCUGUCGUUUACAGUUUCUUUUAUUAAUACUUCAUUUGAAAUUUAAAUAUUGCAAAGCAGAUUAAAACAAACAAACAAAACCCCAAACAAGCUCUAUAGCAUAUGAGGAACAGAUGAAAAUUGUCUUAGCUGAAAGACAAAGACAUCAAAGCUUCAUGACUAAAGUCUAAACUGAAUGUGUUUGAGAAUCUGAAGAUCAUUUGGGAUGUCAUUUACCAAGGUCUACUAUCAAAUAAAUGUUACCUUCUUCAUAUGA